AUGGCACUAGACUGGGACGAUGGUGAACGGCAUUUUAUUGUGACUGAGCGCAUCCCCGGUGAACCUCUCAGCGAGUCGUGGGCGAAAAUGUCAACGGAUGAGAGGGAAAGCAUAGCAAAGCAGGUAGCUGAUUAUCUGCUUCAGCUUCGCUCCAUUCACUCCGCCAGGAUGCAGGGACUCAACGACGAGCCGAUUUACUCUGCAUAUCUCUUCCGCAAUGGCUAUGGUCUGCCACAUGGGCCUCUAUCUUCAAAUGACGAGCUUUGGGCCGAUAUGGACGUGGCGCUGAAGGAAGUCCCAGAGGAUGUUCGCUUACAACUUCGGAAAGGUAUGCCACCUGCUGAGCCAUUCAGUUUUACCCAUGGCGACCUUACCAUUGUCAAUAUUAUGGUACAGGAUGGCCGAGUUACAGGUAUACUUGAUUGGGAGUCGUCAGGGUUCUUUCCAGUGUGGUGGGAGUUUACUUGUGCGGGUAUCGGAUUGAGUGAAGAAGAUGUGGAGUGGAAGAAUCUCCUACGGAAGCAGAAGCAUGACCAUAGUAAAGCACGCGAGUUUUGGCGCGAUUAUUAUGCACUAUCAAAAUAUCCUAACCUGGACGAAAGAGGGAUUGCGCUUCUGAAAGACAGAAAGUAG